CGCGUUCUUGUCUUUCAGAUCCAUUUUUUGUGUUGCUCCUCCAAUGCGCUAUGAUUUGGUUUGCUUGGGCCAUGGCUCUUGCCGUCAGUGCGUUCGACAUCGAAGCUCAUGACGCCAUUGGCCAAACAGCCGCCAGUGCAAUGGACCAGGAAGCUAUCAAGCAAAUUAAACGGAUGAUGGGUGGUCAGGAUGCUUCUGAUGUUGCUGGUUGGGGACACCAGGUGGAUGACACCUAUCCCGACAUGGCGCGGUUGCACUUUCAGGUGCAUGAUGAUGCGUCUGGCUUCUGUGGAGACACUCGCACUGCCAAAUGCGAGGACAAUAUUUGCUUGCUCCAAUCCAUCAAACACUUUUAUGGAAAGGUUUUGUCCGACGAAGGACGAAGGAUCGAUUUUCCGCAGAUUGACUACGCUAAGGUUGCGAAGGGGAUUAAGUUUUCUGAUGCCGACUUUUUGAAAAUGCUCAUCAAUCUUGUGGGUGACUUGCAUCAGCCGCUCCAUGUUGGCUAUGCCAAUGACAACAGUGGCCGAAAAGUCCUGGUAAAGUUCCGGGGUCAGACCAUGUCGCUCUAUGAUGUUUGGGACCAUGCCAUCUCGGAGGUAGUCCGGACUCAGGAGAGCAAUUUCUGGCUCGGAGGCUGGACGCAUGUGAGAGCUGUCAAUUCCGAAUGGGACACGGACAAGAAGAAGUGGAAAGAGGACGGACCUUUCAAGAGUUUUGAGCGGUGGCUCGAUGAAGCCGUGCAGUUUACAUGCAGCAAGGCCUAUGUGCAUCCAACCACCGGGAAAAAACUGGCCGGGCCAAAUGCAGAGAGCGGGCCUGUGGAGAUUGAUGAAGCGGCGUAUCAGGAAUGGCGGCAUUUGUGGCUCAGACAGAUCUUGAUUGCUGGUGAGCGGACUGCGAUUGUGCUCAACGACAUCUUGGACAACAAGGGAGCAACUCGGUUGGCCACCGGAAGCAAGGUACACACCAAAGCGGAUGAAGAGAAGGCAAAGGAGCAGGCAGAGUGGGAUAAGGAGAGGAUCCAGAGACAAAGAGAGCGCAGGUCCAGGACUUCAGCUUCCUUUAUCAACCCCUCCGCCUUUCUCACCAAUCUCGCCAUUGGUGCUAUCGCUUGAGACUGAGAGUAAUUUCUCUAACCUAAGAGCGAUGGCCUCCAAGCUAAUUGAUACCAUUGACCUGUGACCUAAGAGCGAACCUAGUUUCUUGCAGAUCCCCUUUUUUACUGGUUAAUCUGAAGGUCCUCUGCCUACAUUCUCAUGUUGACCG